AUAAUUUUACACAGACUUUCAAGUUUGAAAGAUUUCAUUUUCUUUUUUCUUUUUUUCAUUAUCUUAUUAAAAUAUUUAUAUAUAAAAAGAUGUAUCAGAAUACAAGACAGCAGAAUACAGGAAGAAACAAUGAUUGGCGUAAUAGCGAGUUGAAGCGUGUGACAAGUCCAAUCCCGGAUGAACAAGGAAAUGUUCGUCCACAAAGUAAGUUUGCGCGCAGACCUUUGCCUUCCACAAGUGGUCAAUCUGUGGCUGCGCUUCAGCAACAUCAUCAAUGGUUAAUGCAACAACAAGAAACAAAAAUCAAUAGCCGUGCUGUUUCUCCUAUACCCACAAAACCAUCGCCAAGAAGCAACGACAAUUUAAUGACAAUGAAGCAAUAUACACUUCCUCACAACAGCCAUGAAGAUGUUGUUUAUGAAGAUGAUGAUCAAAAUAAUGAUAUUGACGGAGAGGAUGUGGAGGAAGAACGCAUGGUGGUGAUUCAAGAUAUACGAUCAAGAUCCCCUAGUAUAAAUAGAGGGUCCGGUGGAUCCGUUAUGUCAGGAACGCAGGCACCCACUUUUUACCACACGCCUUCUACAUCACAAGAGUUUAAGAUUGUGAGAGAAGGUUGGUUGUACAGAAAAAAUGGUCUAAUGCAAUGGAAGGCAGUAUAUGCCGUGGCUAAGCAUGGAAACGCAGUAAAGCCAGGUGGUUUAUACUUGUAUAAAGAUGUGAAGUGUACAAAUCAUAUCCAAACAUAUGAUAUGAGUGAAGUACUUGAAGUCUCGCCUCGAGCACAAGACUAUAAGCAGGGCAUCAAAUGGGAGAUUCGAAUGCUUGUCAAGAGAGAUGAUGUUAUGUUAGCUACUGAUGAUAUGCUUUCGCGCAAGGACUGGGUUGAUUCUUUGACUUCAAUUAUGGGAAAAGUCUCUAUCGCUACACAAAAUGAACUGACUUCUCGCAUACAGUCUUCUGAACAGAUGAAUAAAAGUCUGCGUGAUGUUGCUGAAGAGUUAGAUACUGAGAACUCUCAACUGAAAGAACAAAUCAAUACGCUGAAAGAAACCAUUUCGAAAAAGGACAGGUUUUACCAACAAGAUUUACAAGCAAGGGAGUCCGAGUUGAAGGAAGGCUUUUCAAAACAAGAACGGGCAUUCCAACAAGCCUUUGAAGCACGUGAAGAGGAGCUUAACAGCGAAAUGGAUCGUCAAAGACAAACUUUAGAGACCAAGUGCGAAAUCUUUGAGCGUGAGGCAUCUCAAUGGAGAAACAAAUACCACGAGCUUGAAAAGUCCAAGUUUAACGGAAACAAUGAAAUGAAUGAAGUUCAACAAGGCAAAAUUGAAUCACUCCAAAUUGAAGUUCGCAAAUGGCGUAAUCGUGUUGAUGAAUUAGAGCAUCAACAAGAUCAAAUGUCAUACAGAAAGAAUGAAAAUAUCGGGUACAAGCCAAGAAGUACAUCGGUCACAUCUUAUAACAGUGAAGGAAAUACAGACGCCAUCAAGGAAACAAUGUCCGAUGUCAAAUUCAACUUGCAAGUCUUACGGGACCAAAUCAAAAACUCUUCUGAGGGGCCUCUUUUGGAUAUCAAGACUAAUGUAACUAAGCUUUGUGAUAACUUGGAAGAUGCAAAGUUAGGCUGGAACGAGCUUCAAAGUGAUAUUAUCAAAUUCCUAGAAUCUGAAAAGGGUGAUGCUGAUGCCAAGGAUGCUAAUCAAAAGCACCUGUUUGAAUUAUUGCGUCAUGAUGUUACAGAUUUACGUGAAGAACUGUUAGGUAUUUCUGCGGAUGAUGAUGAUGAUAAAAAGAAGGAUUUGCCUUCUCUUACAGAAAAGUUUGACAUCUUGAUUGAAAUGGUUGAAAACCUUCAAAUCAGUCAAUCACGUCUAUCUUCUACUGUUCUUGAAAACGCUUCUGCCUCUUCUUCUGCUUCUUCGCUUUCCGAUAUGCCUAAUACACCAAAUAAUGAGGAGGAGACUAUCUUAUUGAAAGCCGUAACUUCUCAGCAGCAGCAAUUAUCAGACUGGAUUGAAGAAUCAAGAGAGAUUCACAACUCAACCCUUAGUACUAUUGAAUCGAAUAUGUUGCAAAAUCGUAACCUUCCUUCUGGACCUACGGAUAUCGGCCGCCUUCAUGACAAGAUUACUAAUACCAUAGAAAAUGCCAUGAACGAGCUUUCUCGAAACCAACAAGAUGGUCAAGAAGAACAAGGCAAAAACAUCAAGGUCAUUGCCAAUUACUUGCAGCUCAUUACAAACGACAUUCAAAAUUCGUCCAUUCCUGAUUUGGCGGCAUUAUCUCAACAAUUGGAAGAUGUGGUUGAAAGAAUUGGGUCUACUGAAGAGCGUUUGUCGCUUCUAAAUGGUGCUUCUUGGUCCUCAAACAUGGAGUCUACAGGCGCGCCCUUGUCUGACGGUGACAAGUUGUCCCAGCUUCAUAACUUUGUGAAAAACACGGAGCGUUUUAUGGAGCGCUCACUUCGUAUUUUGAGUCGCUAUGGUGAUAAUCCUACUGGGAUGGAAGAAACUAUUCGUCGUGCUGUUAAAGGUGCCUCAAAGGCUCAGUUGGAGGAGCUUGCAAUUAUCCAAGAACAAAACAAGGGAGAGCGCGAGAAUAGCGAAAAGAAGAUGAAGAGAUACGAAGAAAAUGCUCGUAGUUAUUUUGACAAGUCGAUGGAAAAGAUGCAUACAGAUCUUCAUGAGUUUACAGGUGUCAUGUAUGAAAUGUUGGAGGGUCUUGUAAUCAAAGCUUUGGAACACAACCCUGGUGAAGAAUCGUCAUCUGAUAUUGGUCAGCAAAAGUCUAUUUCCAACGUUAUUGAACUUCAUGGAAAGUUAUCUGGAUUAAACCAAGCGUUAAAGACAGAAAUUACUCGACUUGAAGAGGAAAAGAAACAGCUUGAAAUUGCUGUGAAGGACAUGAAAAAAAAGAGUAAGGAUUUGGAAAAAGAAAUUGAUUCGCAACACAAAGAAUUGCGAUCUAUACAAUCAGAAUAUGAUCGUGUGUCAAGAGAUGUCGCCAGAUCUCGUCAAGAUAGUGUUACCUCUUUAGCAAAUGACUUGGAACCCCUUUUAAUCCAAAUCUCCAAAUUAAAAAAGUUGGCCUGUGCCGAGAGCAGUGAAGAUGAUUAUACUGAGAUCAGUAAUCGUGAGAAGAGGAAUGGCAAUAGAGCGAAAUCCCCUUUACCAAGUCGUUAUGAUGAUGAGCACGAAGAAGACAUGAGUCGCAAGUUACGCUUUCCCUCACCUAAUAUGACGCGUCAACAAAAUCGUAGAAACUCGUUCAAUUCAGAAAGUAGUGAAAACACAUUUAGUGGCAGUACAAGACAGUCGUAUGAUCAAUCAAGCAUCAAAUCACCUUUAAUUGGCAGUCGUGAUAGACCCAGAGGAAAAAGUCCUCUUGCCGGUUACUUAGCGCGUAAACAAUAACAACUUUAAACCUCUUUUAGUUAGAUAACACACAUGUAUAUUGUUUUCAUUAUUUUAUUCCAUCCCAUUUCUAUUAUUAUUUAAGUAAACUGUUUAUUCCUUGU